AUGGUUGCUGUUCCUCCUCACCUCCUGCGAGCUAUCUCGAAGAGCAAAGCAGCAACUCCGGAGCACCGAGAGAUAGCACUAGCUUCUCUUGCACACACAGAGAAGUUCUUGCGUGUACGGGCCCAAAAAGGUCUCGAUCAUCUUGAAACUGUUAUCGGAAAAGUCAGAGGGGCACAGCAGCAGCUGGGCUCUUCGCAGUUCACAGAACCCGGCACCUCACAUGUUGUCCCAUCGCUAACUGCUACCGACGACCCUCCUUACCGUGCUGUGCAUGACAUACACGAGAGUUCAAACGAAAGUGCACUUCCUGGCGACCUCAUUCGUGACAACGGAAAGAAGGAAGCCGCAUCAACCAAGCCAUCUUCUGAUAAGGCUGUCAAUGAGGCUUUCGACAACGUCGGACUUGUCUUGGGUUUCUACAAAAAGUUCUUCCAAUGGCUGUCAAUCGACAAUAAGGAUAUGGAUGUCAUCAGUACUGUUCACUUUGGUAAACAAUACGAGAAUGCUUUCUGGGACCCAGAAAAGCUUCAAAUGGUCUUCGGCGACGGCGGCGAGUUUCUCAACAACUUUACCGGGUGCAUCGAUGUCAUCGGCCACGAGCUCACACAUGCAGUCACAGAGCACACAAGCCCUCUUGACUACUAUGGUCAGGCCGGUGCUCUAAACGAGCAUGUCUCGGAUGUGUUCGGCAUCAUGGUCAAGCAAAGGGUUCAGGACGAGAAAUCGGACGUUGCAGAUUGGUUAAUCGGCGAAGAUUGCAUUCUUCCUGGAGUCAAAGGCACUGCUCUGCGAAGCAUGAAGGAGCCUGGAACUGCCUACGACGAUCCCGUUUUUCGAGCUGCGGCUAACGCUGUCUCUCAGGGCAAAGAUCCGCAGGUUGCGAACAUGAAGCAAUUCAGGACAACAUAUGAGGAUAACGGCGGAGUCCACAUAUAUUCCGGGAUCCCCAACAAAGCGUUCUAUCUAGCUUCUGUGUCGUUCGGCGGAUACUCUUAG